UGGCAUUUAAAACUAUUGCACACGUCCAGAAAUUAUCCCUGCAUCACUGUAUCAAUUAUUAAACGCUAACUCGCUUGCUAUUGGCCAGUCUUGACCUAAUCGUCGCGGCGAGUGGUCUUUUCUCGCGCUUUUUGUUUUUUUUAUUACCCCAUGUUUGGAGCAAGGGUUGGGAAAUUGUGAGUUUGUGACCAAAAAGGAUUUUAGUGUUGGAAAUGAAGUGGUUACUGUUCACAGCGGCCGUUGGGUGUCUCGCGGGCUUUGCCAACGCUGGAGCCCUCAAGUGUACACCCGCAAGCUCCGACCCGGUGUGUUUAGAAAAGGAUAUUCAAGUUACAGAAGAGUCUGUCCAGUCGGUAUGGCAGCCUGCGGUCCCGGAGUCCCAGAGGGAAUGCGCCCCCGGCAGCGAGUGGGUGAGCCGCUGUCACCGCUGCUGGUGCUCCGGUGCCGGCGUCGCUGACUGUCAAAAGCUGACAGACUGUCAAGAUGCUGAGUUAGGCCUGGAGCCGGUGCACUGCAAGCCCAACUCGACGCUGCGGCGCGGCUGCAACACCUGCGUGUGUCUCGAGUCAGGGCUGGGGCUGUGUACCCUUAACAUCUGCAAGGAGAAGCCAGUUGCAGUGCCGUCACCAGCACCAGUGUCGUCACCAGCGCCUCCAGUGCAGGGCAUGGAGUGUCUCCCGGAGUCGACGUGGAGGAGCCAGUGCAACGACUGCAAGUGCACCACGGACGGACGAGCCGUGUGCACUGAGAACAAAUGCAGCGGGUUCGAAAAAGAGUCACCAAAGACGUGCGCCCCUGAGUCAGCUUGGAAGAACGACUGCAACUCUUGCUGGUGCACUGAGGAUGGCAGAGCAAUGUGCACCAAGAUGGGAUGUAUCACUGGAGUUAUAAUGAAUUUCGAUGACGAUGACAAUGAUUCGGAAGCAAAACAAGAAGCAAGCGACAAAAAAGCCGAAAAGCUUGAUUUGGCCACCAAAUCGAAUCUGAUAAACAAAACUAUCGUCUGCGUAGCGAAUCGUAUGUUCAUCAGAGAUUGUAAUACUUGUUGGUGCAAUGAAGAUGGCACUGGCUUUUUCUGCACCAGAAAAGUAUGUGUUCUAGAACAACCCGAGGAAGGGGCGCCCGAUGAAGAUAAACCAGAGGCACUGCGUAUAAUACAACGGCAAUGUCGUCCAGAUGAAGUUUUUGAGUUGGACUGCAAUAUGUGCAGAUGCAACCCUGAUGGCAAAUCGUUCUCUUGCACGAGAAGAGCAUGUUUUACUGAACCAAUUAUUGAAGGUGUUCAAGAGGAUGUGAAAGAUAAGGAGUCUAAGAAUACUUCAUUGGCCAGAAAAGUUCGUGCUAUCCCGCCAACGGAGACGCCGAAAACCUGCUUGCCUGGUCAAGAGUUUCGGAUGGACUGCAACAAAUGCCUCUGUGAUAACAAAGGACAGGACUUUUCCUGCACCCGCAUCAACUGUCUCGCUACACAAGCUAACAGCAACGUUGGAUCGAGGAGAAAAAGAGAGGUGAGCCAGCAGGAAGUGGCGAAGUGCUCCCCGGGCGAGGUGUUCGACCAGGGGUGCAACGUCUGCCGCUGCACCAGCGAUGGUCAUCAUGCCACCUGCACCUUGAACCGAUGCAGCCCUAAACCUGAAGAGGAGAAGAAAGAGGAUGAAUCGUCAAACUUGACAGAAGGAGACCCAAACUUCCGUUGCAACCCCGGAGAGCAGUUCAAGAGGGGCUGCAACGACUGCACUUGCUCAGCUGACGGGAAGAGCGUGUUUUGCACUUUGCGUUACUGCGAUAAGGACUUGACACCUAGGCUUUAAGUUUCAAUCACAAUCGCCACUUACCCUGAUGACUCAUUUCUUGAAUGUGGCUGAAUAUUAGCAUAUUAUCGAUACAUAGGUAAAUGUUGCGUAUUUGGCCGUAGUUUAUUAUUUUAGUUAUCAUUCAUUCACAGAUAUAUUUAUGACUUCUAUGUUUAACUGCGAUUGUGGUGUGCUAGUAUCCUGUAAAGUGAUAUUAACUUACAUAUUUUUCAAAGUAAAUAUUGUGGUAGGCUGAAAGGCUUAGUGCAUUUCGUACCGCCUAUCUUUAAAAACCGUAUUUUCUUGAUUUGUAGUUUCAAUUGAGAUUAGUUUAUACAUUAUUGAAGAAACGAUGUGUUUAAGUAUUGGAAAUUGAGGUAACUUUGAAAACAGUUUAUUUUUCAUGUGAACACAAAUUUUAGUUAUAAUGUAUUUGGAACGUCUUUAGGUACAUAAAGAAAGGUCCUUCUUUAGAGUUGAGUACUAUUCAUUGGUGCGCUAGUAAACCCUGAAUCUCGUUUGAGAAAGUCUAGUUAAGAAGUAAUCAUGUACGGAAAUUAGCGUUGUUAAUGUCAAUAGUAUUUCAAUAGUAUGUAUUUUAAGCGUCAAUCCACACGUACCACAACCACACCACGUCGCAGCGACAUAAUGUGGUCAAGCUGUGGUUACGUGUGAAUAGUGUGACAGCGGCUUUUUGCAGUUGCGUUGUGGCAGCGACAAAAUGUCGAUG